UGGCCGCGGCGCAGCCGUGCCCGGGGCGGCGGGGAAUCCCGGCCGCCGCCGCGUUAUACCCGAGGGCGCGCCCCGCGGGCCGCAGAGGCGGGUCGGCGCGGUCGGAGCGCGGCGGCUCCGCUUAGCUCGGCUCGGCUCGGCUCGGCUCAGCACAGCGCGGCGAGACAACAUGCCGGUGUCACGAAUGCGCAUGAGGCCCUGGCUGGAGAUGCAGAUUAAUUCCAAUCAAAUACCAGGGCUGAUAUGGAUCAACAAGGAUAAGAUGAUGUUUCAGAUCCCCUGGAAGCACGCGGCUAAGCACGGCUGGGACAUGGAGAAGGAUGCCUGCCUCUUCCGGAGCUGGGCCAUUCACACAGGAAGAUACAAGAUAGGUGAGAAGGACCCUGACCCCAAGACCUGGAAGGCGAAUUUCCGCUGCGCGAUGAACUCGCUGCCCGACAUCGAAGAAGUGAAGGACAAGAGCAUCAACAAGGGCUCCAGCGCCGUCAGGGUGUACCGAAUGCUGCCGCCCCUGACGAAGGAUCAGAAGAAAGAGAGGAAGUCAAAGUCAUCAAGAGAAGCAAGAAACAAGAGCAAAAGAAAGUCGUACGAAGACGUGAGGACGGAGGAGUCGGUAGAAAGACUCGCCAGCGCUACGCUACCGGACGACCACAGCGGUUACACGGUGCACGGCUACGCGGGCCAGGAAGCGGAGGGGGAGAGCGCGUCCAUCACCUUGGACCUCUCGCCCUGCGAGGUGAGCUGCUCCCUGACCGACUGGAGGACGCCCAUGGAAAUCGCCAUGGCCGACAGCACCAACGACCUCUACCCCUUCCAGGUGUCCCCCCUGGCCUCGUCCUCGGAAGCAGUCACAGACGAAGAUGAAGACGAAAUGAAAUCGGAGAUUUUUAAGCUGCUGGAGCCGGUGGCGGAGUGGCACACGACCAGCGUCGGGGGGAAAGGCUACCUCACCAACGAGCCCAGCUCGCAGAGCACCUGCGGCACCUACGGCUACAAGGAGCAGGACGCCGAGGUCGACACCACGUCAGGAGAACUAGAGUUCCGCUUCUUCGACCAGAAAAGCAGCCUGGACUUCUCCUGGCUGGAGACGGUCAGGCCCCCCAUGCAGGCCAUCUCCUGCGGCUUGUAGGCCGCCGGCGGAGGCUCCUCCACGGCCCCGACGACGGGGGAAGAAGCUGUUUGUUACUGACUGGAAGCAGAAAGUAGCUUUUAUAUUCCGUUUAACUCCUAGGUCUGAAAAAACUUAGCAAGAAAAACUCCAUUAAAAGAGGAAAAAAAAAAGAGAAGAGGGGAUCCGCGCGCGUCGGCAGCACUCCUUGCACUGAAGACGCACGAUCGUGGCGGUGGCUUCCGACGUGAAACCCUCGCCGACGCGAGCCGGGGUCCGGCGCCGGGGGAGGCUGCCGUCCCCCCGGGCGAGCGGGGCCGAGCACAUCACCGCCCCGGGAGCCGCAGUGCAAAGGAGCCGCUAACACGCGUGUUUUGGUUGCUGCUUACCUGUGCAACACUGGUGAAGCCGCGCGCUUCGGGACUGUCGUUACGCUCUCAAGAGUCAGCAGGAAUUGCACUAACCAGCCCUUUCCCUUGAUCUGCUCCGGCACCACGUAAUUCAUCUUCAGAUCAGGUCUUCAAAACUUGUGUAAAUACGUUUAGACCAAUAAAAUGUGAAAAUUCAGUUUAGGCUUCGCUUCCGUAUAGCACACAUAUUCAGGAGAUCCACUCAUACGACGUUACCCUGCUCGUAGGCAUGGCAUAUCUAUUUUUCCACGUAAUAGGUGAAAAGCUGCAGCAUGAGACAAUUUUUUGCACUGAUAGGGGCAGAACUUCUUAUUUAUACGCUGCCUUUCAGAGAUCCGUUUGGCCGCCGUCACGCGAGGAGGAGGCUGGCAGUACCGCACCGAGCGCGUCGCGGGCGCGCGCGGGGUGGAAGGGGGCUAGUUUAUGCAUCAUACAUAGGAAUGGAAUCACUAAGUUGUAAUAGAAUAUUUUCUUGUACAUUUUAUUUUUGUAUAUAAAAAUGUUGUAUAUUUGUGUUAAUAAAUGUUUUAUAUACGA